AUGUCCCCUGCCGCCAGCACCAGACAAAAGGGCCAGAGGGCCCAGGGAGCCCUGCUCCUGCCGCUGCUGCUGCUGCUGGUCCCAGGUGAGGAGGAAGGCUCGUGGGCAGUACCAGAGGCACAGCAACUUCACCGAGUGGCGGGGCAGACGCUCUCUGUGAGAUGCCAGUAUCCCCCCAAGGGCUGGCCCUACGAGAGGAAAAGCUGGUGUAAGGAGCUAUCGACGUUCAAGUGCACCAGGUUAGUCACCAGCUCCGGUCCCCGCAGGCUGGCUCAGGCCUCUCGGUUCUCAAUCUGGGACAACCCUAAUGCCGGCCUCUUCGUUGUCACCAUGACGGGUCUGAAGGAGGAAGACUCAGGACACUACUGGUGUAGAAUCUACCAUGCGUCCAGCAACUCUGUCUCUAAGUCCAUAAGGUUCUAUCUGACGGUGGCUCCAGCUUCUGCCUCCACGCAGGCCCCCCGGGCUUCCUCUGCCAUCAGCACUCUUUCACAGGGCCCACAGCGGAGAGCUGCCACCCCAACCUGUGCCCUUCCCCUCUGUCUCCUGUUCUCCAGACAACAAAACUGCACCCUCCACUCUCAGCCCGCAGCCCCCGACACCCUGGUCCCCGUGCUCUGUGGACUCCUUCUGGCCAAGAGCCUGAUGCUGUUGGCCCUGGUGGCCCGGUGGGUCUUAGGGAGUCCACACGUGCAACACAGAGGGAGGUCUCUGACGCGCCCAGCGGGGUCCAGACCCCAGGCCUCAGGGCCCAAGAAGGACGGCCAGUGGAAAAUGCACUGGAAAACUCUGCUGGAACUCAGGAGCCCAGAUGCCGGUAAAGCCACCUGCCUCUUUCAGCAGGUCAUUGACCUUCUCUGGACCCAUUUCUUCACCUCUUUCCUCUCCUCACCUUCGCCCCAGCGCCUCCCUGCACCCCCCAUCCUCCACCCCUCCCCUCCCCCGUCCAGUGCCCACAAAACCUCCCAGGGUGGAAACGCAUCACUGGCCCACCACCUAGACCUGGAUGUGACGCCUUUGGAGUCAAAUGGGACUUAG